AUGGUCUCAGGAAGAAUCAUCAAGCUGGUGGUCUACGAACUGCUUGAGUUUGUAGCCUUCUCUGUUCCCACCUUGGUGAUUAUGGAGAAGUUCGCCCAAUCCUACCAGCAGGAGCAGAGCCAAAUCGAGAGGACACAUUAUUGGCUGAUUGUUUCGUGUUCCAUUGCUUAUGUGGCUUCCACCACUCUGCUGAUCUGGGUGCCUGUCAAAGUCCUCCUGUAUAAGAAGCGGCACCUGUACAAAAAGAUUAAAGGAUGGAGACCCGUUAUGAUGAUGUGUGUGGUACUCAGCACCCUACCCAGCUUCAGCUUUUCUAUAGCAACGACAGAGGUGAAAAAACAUGGCAACGUUACUAAUCUACCUGACUCCUUACCUGACCUGUCUGUCUCCCUGGUUCUGACUUCCUUGAUUGUGCUUGAUAUUAUUGAAAAACUCAGGACCUACCCACUUAGAGGCACUCAAAGGAUUCACGAUGAUCAGCACAUCCAGGAAACCACUUUGCAGAACAUCAGAACCAUUUCGGAUGGAGUGAGGCAGGAUGACAGCAACUCGGUGUCCCAGCAGCCAGCCAGAAGGAUCCAGGUCCAGGCAGCCAGGGAGUUACCCGAGGGACCCCAGGAGCCCGAUUUCCAGCUGAGCAUCUGGAGUACCCUGUCCCACCGUGACGCCCGUGCUGAAAUUUUCCUCUGGAGCUUCAUGGUCUGGUCGGACACAGUGGAGAUGGUGCGUGUGGCUGGACACUACGCGGUGUACAGUACAGGCUGGCUCUAUCCAGUGUACAUCUUCAGCUAUCUCUCUCUCCUGCGGGUCAUACUAACGCCCCAGAACCCACUCCGCAAUUUUCUGGGUGUCCUGCUCCAAGACGUGCCUUUCUUCUUUGUCAGACUUAGUUUGAUCAUCGCCCUAGGAACCAUCACACCCAUCCUGGGCCUUUGCAAGAAUGCUCUGGUGACUCUCUCUUAUAUUUACUUCAAUUACUUAACCAAACUCCGGCCUUUCUCCACCUUCCAAACGUCAUUAUAA